GCGGCAGACGGGCGCCGCCCAGGGCGGCCAAGGCUGGAGACAGGCGGUUCGGCUUGGAGGGCAGGGCUCUGGUCGGAUGGUGCGCGGCGGUUUUCCUGCUGGGCGCGGGCGCCGCCUGCCUGGCCCUGCGCCUGCUGCCCCCCCGCGCGCAGGCGGCGGGCGCCGGCCGAGCCGAGGAG